AUGAUUGAGGGCUUGAAGUGGGCCAACCAUGGACGCCGCAAGGAGGAAGCUGAUCGCCACGUCAGAAUGGUUCAAGACUACAUAAAGGCAGUCAAGAAAAUCAACCCUCAAGCUAGCGACAAGUGGGUGAUAACCAAGCCAACCAAAGCGGUCAGACCGCCAGCCAAAAUCGGCAGCUGGGGGGAGCUCGAUACCAAGGAGAGCUACAAGGCAAUGAAAAUCUCGAAAGAUGGACGGGCUGCUAUUAAGGAGCUCAACAAGACCUACGUCAAGGACUACAGAAAUGAUGGUUCAGAAGAAUCCCAUGCAAGGGUCAUCGCGUACACAAAGAAUGUCCGGGAUCAGCUCAUCGCAGCAACACGGCCGCCUUGCACCGGCAGUUGCGGCAUUUGUCACCCAAGCAAUGCUCUGUAA